AACACAAUGGAUGCAUCUUGGUUGAUAAUCAUAUUACUACUUCUACUUGUUCUUCUAUGUCUUUCAAUGCUUAUUAUCAUCACAAGAAUAAGAUCCUCCAUUAACCUCCCUCCCGGACCUUUAUACAUUCCUUUCAUUACUGACAUCCUCUUGCUACCAAAAAUAUCAUUCUCACAACUCAAACCAAUUCUUCAUGAUCUUCAUGCCAAACAUGGCCCUAUCAUUUCGGUCCACUUUUGGUCUACUCAUAUUUUCAUAUUCGAUCGUUUCCUCGCACACAAAGCCUUAAUCCAAAAUGCUUCUGUUUUUGCCAACCGCCCAAAAUCCAUAAACAAUAACAUCCAACUUAAUAUCACAUCGUCUUUCUACGGCUCCACGUGGCGCAUUCUUCGCAAUAACCUAGCAUCUACCAUGCUUCACCCAUCACGAUUCCAAUCAUUUUCCAAAACUCGCACGCGUGUAUUGGAAGCGCUUUUAAAAGAAUUAAAGUUAGAAGCUAAAGUUAUGAACAAUUCUGUUAAGCUCAUCAACUACAUUCACCACGCCAUUUUUUGCUUACUAGCUUUCAUGUGUUUCGGUGAAAAUGUUGACAAUAAAAAAAUUGAAAACAUAAAAAACAUUCAAAAAUGUUUGAUUAUGAGCUCCGGAAAAUACAGUGCCUUAAAUUUCUACCCAAAAUUUGUAUCUCGCAUGUUAUUCCGAAAGCGUUGGCAAGAAUUGUCACAACUUCGGAAAUUCCAAAAUGAUUUGAUGGUUGAACUAAUACAGUCCCGAAAGAAAGUUAUUGAAAAUAAUAAUUAUGAUGAUGAUGGAUGUUUUGUUUGUUAUGUGGAUACUUUGUUGAACUUGAAAUUGCCCGAGGAAAAACGAAAGCUUGAUGAAGGUGAACUUGUUGCUCUUUGUUCGGAGUUUCUCACCGCGGGAACAGAUACAACUUCAACUACAAUUGAGUGGGUUAUGGCAAAUUUGGUGAAACACAAACACAUGCAACAGAGGCUAGUAGAGGAAAUUGAAGAUGUAGUUGGCGAUAGAGAGGAAAAGAAAGUAAGAGAGGAAGACUUAGAAAAAUUACCAUAUUUGAAGGCUUUGAUUUUGGAAGGGUUAAGGCGUCAUCCUCCUUCUCACUAUGCAAUUCCACAUGCAGUGACCGAGGAUGUUAUUUUGAAUGGUUAUUUUGUACCUAAAAAUGGGACUGUGAAUUUUAUGGUGGCAGAUAUAGGAUUGGAUCCAACGGUUUGGAAGGAUCCUAUGGUGUUUAAGCCAGAACGAUUUUUAAGAGAUGAAACAAGUAGUAGUAAUAUUUUAGAAGCAUAUGAUAUUAGUGGUAAAAAAGAGAUAAAGAUGAUGCCAUUUGGAGCUGGGAGGAGGAUUUGCCCGGCAUAUAAAUUAGCAAUGCUCCAUUUAGAAUAUUUUGUUGCUAAUUUGGUUUUGAACUUUGAGUGGAAGACUUUACUAUCCACAGAAAAUGUUGAUUUGUCUGAAAAACAAGAAUUCACUAUGGUGAUGAAACAUCCACUACAAGCUCAAAUUUCUCAAAGGAGUAAAACAGUCACAUGAUGAGUGUUUUGCAAUGCUGUCUCUUCCAACAGGUUGCCUCUCUGUGACUCUAUAGUUCCCUCUACCUUUCUUAUUACCGCCACGAACUCAAUCAUUGUGUCUUCCGAUUCUUCGGUGACGAAGUUAAACCGAUGACGACGAAGUUCAUCAGCUUGCAUAUAUCGGAUCUUGCUCCCUGUUUUUAUAUAUAGUUUGCUUCCAUGUGAGUAUCUAUUGUCCAUAUAUAUUAGUGUGCAUCAUUUACACGCUUCUAAGCUUAGUUCAUGGUUGUACAUGAUUUGUUUUUUGAAAAGGUGGUUGUGCAUAAUUUAUUUCAUUAAAGAAAGGCCUUGGAUUGCUCUG